CUGUCAAUCAGCCACCAAGGGGCGGGACCUGGAGCACUAUCCAAUCAGAGCCGAGGGGGCGGGGGUUGCGAGAACUGUCAAUCAGGCACGCUGCAGGGAGGAGGGUGCGACGUUCAAAGAGCCCGCGGAGUCUUCUCCACGCCCCUGCGCUCUGAGUCCUGGCUCUGUGGCUGAGAGAGAGACGCCCUGGAAGGUCUGUAUCAGCGUCUGUCGCGCCGGGACCCACACUGGACGCUGGCUUUUAAGGAGGACACCCGGACACCUGGAAGCCGGGAAAUGGACUCAGUGGCCUUUGAAGAUGUGGCUGUGAACUUCACACAAGAGGAGUGGGCUUUGCUGGGUCCAUCACAGAAGAGUCUCUACAGAAAUGUCAUGCAGGAAACCAUUAGGAACCUGGACUGUAUAGAAAUGAAAUGGGAGGACCAGAACAUUGGAGAUCAGUGCCAAAAUGCCAGGAGAAAUCUAAGAAGUCAUACAUGUGAAAUUAAAGAUGACAGUCAAUGUGGAGAAACUUUUGGCCAGAUUCCAGAUAGUAUUGUGAACAAGAACACUCCUCGAGUAAAUCCAUGUGACAGCAGUGAGUGUGGAGAAGUCGUCUUGGGUCAUUCAUCUCUUAAUUGCAACAUCAGAGUUGACGCUGGACACAAAUCAUGUGAGCAUCAGGAAUAUGGAGAGAAGCCAUAUACACAUAAACAACGUGGGAAAGCCAUCAGUCAUCAGCACUCCUUUCAGACACAUGAAAGGCCCCCCUCCGGAAAGAAACCCUUCGAUUGUAAAGAAUGUGCAAAAACCUUUAGUUCUCUUGGAAACCUCCGAAGACACAUGGCGGCACACCAUGGAGAUGGACCUUAUAAAUGUAAGUUGUGUGGGAAAGCCUUUGUUUGGCCCAGUUUAUUUCAUUUGCACGAAAGAACGCACACUGGAGAGAAACCGUAUGAAUGUAAGCAGUGUUCUAAAGCCUUUCCUUUUUACAGUUCCUAUCUAAGACAUGAAAGAAUCCACACGGGAGAGAAAGCGUAUGAAUGUAAGCAGUGUUCCAAAGCCUUUCCUGAUUAUAGUACCUAUCUAAGACAUGAAAGAACUCACACCGGAGAGAAACCCUAUAAAUGUACACAAUGUGGGAAAGCCUUCAGCUGUUACUAUUACACUCGACUACAUGAAAGGACUCACACGGGAGAACAACCCUAUGCAUGUAAGCAAUGUGGGAAAACGUUUUAUCAUCACACAAGCUUUCGAAGACACAUGAUAAGGCACACUGGAGAUGGACCACAUAAAUGUAAGAUAUGUGGGAAAGGCUUUGAUUGUCCUAGUUCAGUUCGAAAUCAUGAAACUACUCACACUGGAGAGAAACCCUAUGAAUGUAAGCAGUGUGGGAAAGUGUUAUCUCAUAGCUCGAGCUUUCGAAGUCACAUGAUAACACACACAGGAGAUGGACCCCAGAAAUGCAAGAUAUGUGGGAAAGCCUUUGGUUGUCCCAGUUUAUUUCAAAGACAUGAAAGGACUCACACUGGAGAGAAACCCUAUCAAUGUAAACAAUGUGGAAAAGCCUUCAGUCUUGCCGGUUCCCUUCGAAGACAUGAAGCAACUCACACUGGAGUGAAACCCUAUAAAUGUCAGUGUGGGAAAGCCUUUAGUGAUCUCUCUUCCUUUCAAAAUCACGAGACAACUCAUACUGGAGAGAAGCCAUAUGAGUGUAAGGAAUGUGGGAAAGCAUUCAGUUGUUUCAAAUACCUUUCUCAACAUAAAAGGACCCACACAGUAGAAAAACCUUAUGAGUGUAAAACAUGUAGGAAAGCCUUCAGUCAUUUCAGUAACUUAAAAGUCCAUGAAAGGAUUCACUCUGGAGAGAAGCCGUAUGAAUGUAAGGAAUGUGGGAAAGCGUUCUCUUGGCUCACUUGCCUUCUACGACAUGAAAGAAUUCACACUGGAGAGAAACCCUAUGAAUGUCUACAAUGUGGUAAAGCCUUCACUCGUUCCCGUUUCCUUCGAGGACAUGAAAAAGCUCACACUGGAGAGAAGCUGUAUGAAUGUAAGGAAUGUGGGAAAGCAUUGAGUUCUCUCCGUUCCUUGCAUAGACAUAAAAGGACUCACUGGAAAGAUACUCUCUAAAUGUAUGGAAUGUUGGAAAACAUUCAGUACUUUAAUUUCAGAAACUUGAAAGAGCUCACUUUGGAGAUAGACCCUAUGAAUGUAAACAUGGGAUAAAGCCUUAAGUAGUUUCAAUUUUUUAAAUACAGUUAUCCCCCAAUAUAUUGCAGGGGACUGGUUCCAGCACCCCCUAAAUCCACAGAUGCCAAGUCCUCUGUUAUAUGGCAUAUUUGCAUGUAACCUAUGCAUAUCCUCCAGUAUACUGUGUAAAUCAUCUCUAGAUGACUUCUAAUACCUCAUGCAUUAUAAAAGCUAUGUAAAUAGUUGUUUGAUUGUAUUGUUUAGAGAAUCAUGCAAGAAAAAUAGUCUCUACGUGUUCAAUGCAGACACAACGAUUGCAGGCCCACCUACAUAGUAUAUGUCACCCAGAACAUUAAAAUUUCUUUGUUUUAACAUUCA